CGUUAAAGGAUAGGACUACAAAAUUAAUAGCAACAGUGACAGCAGUGGUGAGUGACUCAACAUCAUCAACGACACUCCAUAUCGCUAAAUUAUGCUAAAACGACAACCGUCGAUGGCGAUUCGAGACGAAGAAGACGACGAAGCGAAAUGGAGUCUGUACGAAGCUUACAACGAGCUACACGGACUAGCACAAGAACUGGAAACUCCGUUCGACGCACCGGCGGUGCUUGUGGUGGGGCAUCAGACAGAUGGCAAAAGCGCAUUGGUUGAAGCUCUUAUGGGAUUCCAAUUCAAUCAUGUCGGCGGCGGUACUAAAACUCGUCGCCCUAUUACUCUUCACAUGAAAUAUGAUCCUCAUUGCGAAUCCCCUGUUUGUCUUCUCCUUUCUGAUGCUAAUAGUAAUGAGAAUGACGAUUAUGUCCCUAGACACAAGUCUCUUCAUGAAAUUCAGGCAUAUAUUGAAGCUGAAAAUAUGAGGUUGGAGCGUGAGUCAUACCCGUUUUCAGCUAAGGAAAUUAUUAUCAGAGUGGAGUAUAAAUACUGCCCCAAUCUUACUAUUAUUGAUACUCCUGGACUUAUUGCUCCUGCGCCUGGUCGAAAAAAUCAAGCAUUACAGAGCCAAGCACGUGCAGUGGAAUCUCUUGUGCGAGCAAAAAUGCAGCAUAAAGAGUUCAUUAUACUAUGUCUUGAAGAUUGCAGCGAUUGGAGCAAUGCAACUACUAGGAGGGUAGUAAUGCAAAUCGAUCCUGAGCUUUCAAGGACUGUCAUUGUUUCAACCAAACUUGACACCAAAAUACCCCAGUUUGCUCGCUCAUCUGAUGUUGAAGUUUUUCUUUUGCCACCCACCCACACGCUGGAUGGCUUCAUACUGGGCGACUCUCCCUUUUUCACAUCUGUGCCUUCUGGAAGAGUUGGUACUGGUCAUGAUUCAGUUUACAGAUCAAAUGAUGAGUUUAAGCAGGCCAUAUCCUUGAGAGAAAUGGAAGACAUAACAUCUUUGGAGGAAAAGCUUGGCCGUCCAUUAACAAAACAAGAAAGAAGUAGAAUAGGUGUUAGCAAAUUAAGGUUAUUCUUGGAGGAAUUGUUACAGAAAAGGUAUAUGGACAGUGUCCCUUUGAUCAUUCCCCUUCUCGAAAAGGAGUCCCGCACUUCAACAAGAAAGCUGAACGAAAUAAUUAAUGAACUCAGCACUUUAGACGAAGUAAAAUUGAAGGAGAAAGGGCGGGAGUUUCAUGACCUAUUCUUAACAAAGCUAUCGUUGCUGUUGAAAGGAACAGUUGUUGCACCUCCAGAUAAAUUCGGUGAAACACUGCAUGAUGAGAGAACUGUUGGAGGGGCAUUUGUUGGUACUGAUGGUCAUCAGUUUCCGCACAAGUUAAUUCCUAAUGCAGGGAUGCGACUUUAUGGUGGUGCACAGUAUCAUCGAGCCAUGGCAGAAUUUCGUUUUGUUGUAGGAGGAACCAAAUGCCCUCAAAUUACUCGCGAAGAAAUUGUGAAUGCAUGUGGAGUUGAAGAUAUUCAUGAUGGAACUAACUACUCUAGGACAGCAUGUGUAAUAGCUGUUGCAAAGGCUCAGGAUACAUUUGAACCUUUUCUUCAUCAGUUGGGUAAUAGGCUAUUGCAUAUUUUGAAGAGAUUACUUCCCAUCUCUGUCUAUCUUCUUCAGAAAGACGGUGAGUAUCUUAGCAGUCAUGAUGUAUUCCUUAGGCGAGUUGCUUCCGCCUUCAAUAAUUUUGCGGAGUCUACUGAAAGAGCAUGCCGCGAAAAAUGUAUGGAGGACUUAGUCAGCACCACUCGUUAUGUAUCAUGGUCUCUGCACAAUAAGAAUCGGGCUGGGUUACGCCAAUUCUUAGACUCAUUUAGUGGAUCAGAGCAGUCAGCUGCAGGAGGCAAUUCCGUAUCAGGUGGUCUUCCUCAAGAGUCAUCCAUGGGCGCAGUUGUCAAUGAGAAGCAUGAGAGUAAGCCAAGGGCUGACGUCAAGCUUUGUCAUUUGGCCUCAGGUGUCGAUUCAGGGUCAUCUGUUCCGACAACAGAAACAAGGCUUGCCGAUCUUAUAGACAACACACUUUGGAACCGAAGACUUGCUCCUUCAUCUGAAAGGAUUGUUUAUGCUCUGGUACAACAGAUAUUCCAUGGGAUAAGAGAGUAUUUCUUAGCCUCUGCUGAAUUAAAGUUCAACUGUUUUCUCUUGAUGCCCGUCAUAGACAAGUUGCCAGCCCUUCUCCGGCAGGACCUAGAAUCUGCAUUUGAAGAUGAUCUGGAUAAUGUCUUUGACAUAACCAAUUUACGCAACUCAUUGGACCAACGAAAGAGAGAAACAGAAAUCGAGCUGAAAAGGAUCAAGAGGCUUAAAGAUAAAUUUAGGUUGAUAUACGAACAACUAUAUCUGCACCAGGUGAAGGCCGGUGGUUCUAGCCUUGAAGGUUUAAAUUGCAAGUAAAGGUGCCAACGAGGACUGCAGUUUUCUUCUCAGACUCCUAGGUGGAAAAUUUAAAAUUAAAGGAGCAGAAAGGUAUCAAUUGGUUGGAGAUGUAGUUAAGCAAUGAAGCCUUUUUGAGCUGUCUGUCUCUACUUGUAGAUUCACUCUCUUGUACACGUAUUCUUUCAUUCUCUAACUCUUUAUCUCAUGCAUUCAUAUAAAAUCUUCACUACUACUACAUUACAAUAUGUACGGCACUUGCAACCUACAAAGGGGCUGUUUGGGUUAUGGCUCAAAAUCUUAAGUUGCUUCUUGCUCUUUUAUUCA